GUGGCUGGAAGGGGAUAAAGUCUGGUUGGCCUGGACCCAAACUUUUCACAUCAACAUGACAAAGGAAUUACUAAAGAAAAUGAGCUUCUACAAGAUAACCUUGAGGCUCUGGGACACCAAGGACAAGGUCCCGAGAAAAGUCCGGUACUACCGCCUGAAGACGCCCGGGUACUCCGACGACACGGGCUCCUUCGAGGAAGUGAAAAACUUGGUUUUAAGUCAGAGGAAGUUGCCUAAACAGGACAUUCACAUCACAAGGAAAUGGGACCAGGAGAGUGUGCCAGGAAAGGCAGAAAAAACAGAACAAGUAAAGGCUUUGCAAGAGCCUGACAUUUUCCCCACCGACUUGGAGGAUGAGAAGCUGUUCAGAAUGGAAGACCCUGGCUUCCUUCAAUGGAGUAUUUCAAGAAAAAUGAAUUCUUCGCCAGGUCUAACUGGGAUGGAGAAGAAGGAACCUUCAAUUAGCAGCUUAAACAUAACAGAAAAGCAAAAGAUCCCAAUUAGAGUGAAAGAAUUAGAAGGGAAAAAGAAAACCCCAAAGAAGAACAGGUCGGUGAUAGAAGAGGGAACUAACAGCAAGCUCCUGGGCCACUGGAGGCCAGAAACUUUCUCCAUGCAGCUGGCGGUGAUGCCCCUCCUGGCAGGAUGGCAAACUGUCGUGAGCCACGGCAGUCUGAGGUCCGCCAACAUUCUGGAUUGCUUUUUGACUUUAAAAACGGAAGUGCCCAUCAUGACUGAGGAGCAAAAGCAGGACUUAAACCCUCUGAUCAUAAAGAUCCACAGCGUCUCCUGCCUCCCAUCCCAGCCCGUGCCCAUCCAUGAGCUAGAGAGGCUGUGCACACCUGUGUACUGCAAGUACCAGUUCCAGAAGAUGCCGGCCCACCGGACAGAGGGGCAGCACCACGGGACCCACGUCCACUUCCAGGAUGUCAACGUCAUCUUCCUGGGGGCAAUGCAUCCCAGAGACCUGAGGGAGUACCUGGAGGGCCCCCCCAUGAUCGUGGAAGUCCACGACCGGGACCGCAAGUUUGAGGAAUAUUCUCAGAAGCCCACUCUAUUCGGGGAGGACCCCUUCGAUACACACCUCAGUCUUCAUACACUGAUCACCUCGAAAGAGACAAAGAACCCCUUUGAGGCCCACAACAAAAUAUGGGACCCUUACGGCGUAGCCCGGGUCAGUUUUGCCGACCUCCUCCUUGGCCACAAGUACUUGAACUUGGUUGUCCCCAUCCACAACUGUGAGCCCGGGCCCACAAAGCUCGGCCUGGACAGCAGGAGCACGAAGGCUGUGGGGUUUCCGGUGCACCCCCGUGGCCCCCAGCACACACCGAUGCCCAUGGGCAACUACCUGGAGGCUGACUCCCAGCUGAAGCUGCGGGUGGACAUUGCCGUGCCGCUGCGGACCUGGGGGGGCACGCCCGAGCUGGACCUCAGGGGCACCGAGUUCGGCCGCGUCAUUUUCGUGUUUAACUCCAGGAAGCCCUUCCUCCUGCGCAGCCUGCUGCAGGACGUGGCCAUGGUCAAUGCCAAGGCCCUGGAUCUGGACAUCUACCCCCUGAGGAACAUCCAGCAGAUCCUGUGCGCCUUUCAGAUGCGGGUGAAGGUCCAGGAGAGGCCUGACCUGGAUGUGCUCACUGGCUUCCAUCUGCUGGAUGGGAAGAUCCACCUUCUCAUUCUGGAAGGCCUGGCUGAGCAAGGCCUGAGGUGGCUGUGGGAGAAUCACCAAAGGCGGGUCGCCAGGCUGGAGCUCGGGAAGAGCAGGAAGCACAAGGUGCUGUACAACUCCCAGCUGCUGUUCUGCCGCCGCCUCUACGCCGACCUGGAGACCAUGCUGUACCACGUGCACCUCUUCAAGCCGCUGUCGCUGCUCAUGAAGCAGCCGGGGCUGUACGUGCGCAACGCCGUGUCCCGCGAGGCCUUCCAGGCCCUGACCAGGAUCUACUGCGUCUGCCACCACAGCGCCAGGCUCAGGGACGUGGUCACCAGGGACCUGCUGCCGUCCUCCGCCAUGAUCCGGGUCUUGAACCAGGAGUUCGGGCUGCCCAUCUCGCCCAGAGAACUGGCGGACCGGAAGCCCGCCCUGCCCCCAGAGCCCACGCCCCUGCGGGAGCCGUCCCAGGGCCACAUGUCCGUCCUCUCCCACGCCAUCUCCACCCACCAGAGAAGGUACCUGCAGUGGCGGCGAGCCAUGAUGCUGAAGAGCAGAGGGCAGAGCCGCAGCCUCAUCCAGCAAAACAUCAUAGGUGCCUCCCAGGCCAGCAAGCCCGCAAAGCCUGGGGUGAAGGUCAUCAGAAUUUCAGCCCCUGCCAGAGAUGCUGUGUACAACUACAGCAUUCAGACCCUGAAUUCCACGGAGCUUGCCAAGAAGGAGCUGUUUCAGGAGAUGGCCAAGGAGCCGAGGAAGAGAUUCACGUACUCGCAGAAGUACCUCUCGGCCACGGUGGAGCCCCAGGACCCAGAGGAAGAGGAAAAGAAAGCCAGGAAGAAAUCUCGCGAGGCGUGGCUCACCCCCAGGGGGUUCCAAGUGACAGGCCUUCAGAACGCUGAAAGUGACCCUCAUCUCAGGAUGCUGCCCCCCGGCUUCUUCACAGAGCAGCACGAGGAGUGGAGGGAGAAGGCGCCUGUGAAUGUGCUGGACCGCGGGAGCUGGAGCUGGGACAAGCGCCACCAGGACUUUGACCUGUACACGCAGCCGCCGCCUUUCCUCGCGCUGCCCCCGCCAAUAACAGGUGCGGUGCUGAAAGGGAGCCGCCCUGUAUCCUGAGCGCCAGACCCGACGCAUCGCCCUCGGCCGUCCCAUCAGCUGCUGUGGGGGCCCCACAGCCUGCCCUCCCCCUACACCCCAGCUUCAUUAAAGUGAAGCAGCCGCGG